UCAUUUCAAAGAUGUUGAGUCCACCCCUUCAAAACAACCCACCUAAAGCUUGAAAUCUCCCGCAAGAUGAUAUAUUUGAAACGAUAUUGCCAAGAAGAGAUGCCCUGUAACUAUAGUCUGAAUUGUCAGCAUCAUCGCCUAACGUGGCUUAAAUGGGAUGGGAGCGAUCAAUCCAUACAAUACAAGUCACCAGCUCAUUGAAGUGAAACGUAUGUCAUGCGGCAAUGUAAUUUCACAGUUUCAGUUUGUAGCGAUCAGUCCAUACAAUACACACGACCCAACUUUAUCGGAUCUCAACUCUAUUCUGAGGAGUUUCACCCAAGAAAAGCUCCAGAGCUCCCUCCCUCCACUCGUCACAAAUGGAGGGAACCAUUACAGGCUUUACAGCCCACUUAACUACUGCCCACCUCAACUUUAACCUGCAAAGUAAACCAAAAACCAUUGUCGACAGAAGAAACCAAAACGUCAGAAUUCAAAUUAAAUCCAUUUACCAUUUCAAUUCACUAAGACGUUUUGUUUCUUCUCCUUCAAUGUCUGCCGCUUCUUCUUCCUCUGUAAACGGUUUGUCUGUGAUCAAGAGCUCUCUGAUCGAUCCAGAUGGAGGAACUCUUGUUGAUCUUCUCGUGCCGGAGAGCGAAAGGGCUUCGAAGAAGGCCGAGGCUGAGUCGAUGCCCAAGGUGAAGCUUACCAAGAUAGAUCUUGAAUGGGUUCAUGUUAUUAGUGAGGGGUGGGCUAGUCCUUUAAGGGGCUUUAUGAGGGAAGAUGAGUACUUGCAGAGCUUGCAUUUUAACUUUCUACGUUUGAAGGAUGGAAGUAUCAUCAAUAUGUCUCUUCCUAUCGUCUUGGCCAUUCACGAUAAAGAUAAGGAGGAAAUUGGGUCAUCUCCUCAUGUGGGUUUGGUUGGACCAAAUGGAGAUUUAAUUGGUAUCCUUCGAAGUAUUCAAAUAUAUAAACACAACAAAGAAGAACGAAUUGCUAGAACAUGGGGAACAACUGCUCCGGGAUUACCUUAUGUUGAGGAGGUAAUUAGUCCAGCUGGAAAUUGGCUCAUCGGUGGGGAUCUGGAAGUAUUAGAACCUAUCAGAUAUAAUGAUGGUCUUGAUCACUACAGGCUCUCACCCCAAGAACUCCGGAAAGAAUUUGAUAGGCGUCAGGCUGAUGCAGUGUUUGCUUUUCAGCUAAGAAACCCUGUGCAUAAUGGACAUGCAUUAUUGAUGAAUGAUACACGCCGGAGACUCUUGGAAAUGGGUUAUAAAAAUCCAAUUCUAUUGCUUCACCCUUUAGGUGGUUUUACAAAGGUGGAUGAUGUCCCAUUGGAUGUUCGGAUGGAACAACAUGGCAAGGUUCUAGAAGAUGGAGUUCUGGAUCCUGAAACCACUAUUGUUUCCAUAUUCCCAUCACCCAUGCAUUAUGCUGGUCCAACUGAAGUUCAGUGGCAUGCCAAGGCACGGAUAAAUGCAGGGGCUAAUUUCUAUAUUGUAGGUCGUGAUCCUGCUGGUAUGGGUCAUCCUACAGAGAAGAGAGAUUUAUAUGAUCCUGAUCAUGGCAAAAAGGUCUUGAGCAUGGCUCCUGGGUUGGAGAAACUAAAUAUUUUGCCAUUCAGGGUGGCAGCAUAUGACAUAUCAGAAAAGAAAAUGGAAUUUUUUGAUCCUUCACGUGCUAAAGAUUUUCUCUUUAUAUCUGGCACCAAGAUGCGGACUUAUGCAAGAAGUGGAGAGAACCCUCCUGAUGGAUUUAUGUGCCCAGGAGGGUGGCAAGUCCUAGUAAACUAUUAUAUGAGCUUACAAAGUGAAGAGGCUGGUGAACAGCCAGCUGUUUUAUCUUCCUAGAUAUAUAUAUAUAUAUAUAUAUAUCUAUAUCUAGGAAGAUAAAACAUUAGAGUGAAGGAGCAGACGGAAUUAAGUUUGGAGCAAGUUAUCUUAGGUUCCAAUGAAACAUUAGAGUGAAGGAGCAGAUGGAAUGAGUUUGGAGCAAGUUAUCCUAUGUCCCAAUGAAGCAUUUGAUAAUUUGAAUUUUGAAUCACUAAACCCAAGAGAGGCCAUUCAUGUUGUUGUGUUGAAAAAAAAAAAACCAACAGAAAGAGUGGUUUAUUUAGCCUCUAAGUCUUGCUUUUGAAAAAGCACUUUGUUAUUUUGUUUUUAACUUCCAUUCUAGAGGAUGCAGGAUUAAUUUUGUACAAGAGCAUGGUCCAUUCUACCUGUUAUUGUCUCCUGAUCAUGUGAAUCUUAUUUUAACUCUUUUUAAUGUGAAA